AGCAGCUUUCUCGAAGAGGCAGAGACUGGUAGAGCCAGCAGACCGGAGAGCAGGGCACAGAGAAAGGGACUGAGCGAGAAGGCAGAGGUGCGGUGAGAGCAGGUAGAGGGCCGCUGGGGGAGAGAGGGAGAGGCAGAAGGAGAGACAGGGUGGUGGGCAAGUGGGGGAGAAGGACAGAACUAGGGAGAGGGAAGGACGCAGGAGAGAGGAGGAGAGAGGCAGAGAGCCGGCCAGCCAGUCAGCGGCACACACAAGGAGAAGGGGUGACCCAUGGGGAGGGCGGUAGGCGUCUGAGCUCCCCCUCUCCCUCACCCCCACCUGCGCCCCGGGGACCUCUCUAGUCCAGUCCGCACAGAGGCCGUGGGGCGUGGGGGGAUGGCCGACUCGUGCAGGAACCUCACCUACGUGCGGGACUCGGUGGGCCCCGCCACCAGCACCCUGAUGUUCGUGGCGGGCGUGGUGGGCAAUGGGCUGGCCCUGGGCAUCUUGGGGGCGCGGCGACGCUCACGUCCCUCAGCCUUCGCUGUGCUGGUCACUGGGCUGGCGGUCACCGACCUGCUGGGCACUUGCUUCCUGAGCCCGGCCGUGUUCGUGGCCUAUGCCCGCAACAGCUCACUGCUGGGCCUGGCCCGGGGCCGGCCCGCCCUGUGCGACGCCUUCGCCUUUGCCAUGACCUUCUUCGGCCUGGCCUCCAUGCUCAUCCUCUUCGCCAUGGCCGUGGAGCGCUGUCUGGCGCUCAGCCACCCCUACGUGUACGCCCAGCUGGACGGGCCGCGCUGCGCCCGCCUGGCCCUGCCUGCCGUCUACGCCUUCUGCGGCCUCUUCUGCGCGCUGCCCCUCCUGGGCCUGGGCCAGCACCAGCAGUACUGCCCGGGCAGCUGGUGCUUCAUCCGCAUGCGCUCCACGGAGGCCGGCGGCCGCGCCUUCUCGCUGGCCUACGCCAGCCUCAUGGCCCUGCUGGUGGCCGCCAUCGUGCUGUGCAACAGCUCCGUCACCCUGAGCCUCUGUCGCAUGCACCGCCAGCAGACGCGCCACCAGGGCCCCCCGGUCCCCGGGCCCCGGGCGGGAGAGGACGAGGUGGACCACCUCAUUCUGCUGGCCCUCAUGACCGUCAUCAUGGCCGUGUGCUCCCUGCCCCUCACGAUCCGAGGCUUCACGCAGGCUGUCGCCCCAGACAGCAGUGAGAUGGGGGACCUCCGUGCCUUCCGAUUCAACGCCUUCAACCCCAUCCUGGACCCCUGGGUCUUCAUCCUCUUCCGCAAGGCUGUCUUCCAGAGGCUCAGGCUGUGGUUCUGCUGCCUGGGUCCCAGGCCUACCCACGGCAACUCGCAGGCACCCCUCUCCCGGUCUGUCUCUGGGAGGAAGGACUCGAGGGCUCCCGCCACUCCCGGGGGGAAGGAGGGGAUCCGGGUACCUUUGUCAGCCUGGGGCGAGGGGCGGGGGACACCCGGCCCCCAGGCGCAGCGAGCUGGCAGCACUGUGGGUACAUCAUCCAAAAUGGGGUCCGCAGCCGGCUGCUCCCUCUGCUGACAUCGGCUGCCUGUGAUCUCCUGCCCUUGGCUGCUGGGAGCAGGAGCCCGAUGCUCAGGGCCGUGGCUGUCUGUGGAUGAGAGGAAGUAAGCCCCCCGGAGUCCUUGCCUGCCGGAAUCUUGACCCCCCUGAAUGCAGGGGGGCAAUCAGCUGCUAUUUCCCUAUUUCUCCUUCUCCGGGGGUGGCCCUGACAGGCUCUGGGAGAAGAGGGAGGGAGAAGGGGACUGUCUGUCCUGGAGCAAAAAAGAACACUUCUCUCAAAAUAACCCCGGGCCCAGCCAGCCCAGUCUGGCCCUCGCUUGCCCAUCCAUCUCACUGUCUAAAUAUUUAGAAGGCAGGAAAGUUUCCCAGAAGCUUCUGUGCAUUCAGGUCGGCUCUGGUUUGGCUUCCGGCUCUGACACACACCUGUUCAGGGUGCCCGGCUGCCCACCCCAAGCCCCCACGAAUAGCGCAGGUCCUCUCCCAAGCCACUCUAAAAGCCAGACUCUCUCUGCCUCCUGGGACCCAGCGACUCCUGGACCAGCUCCUGGCCUCCACUCACUCCUGAUUUCCCAUCAGACUUGGAAGCCCCUGCCCCCACCCUCCAAGGGGGAGGCCAGAGGAAGGAGAGACUGAUGCAUUGCAAGGAGCAUGGCUGGACGCAUACCGCGGUGGGCCGUAAGAUGUGGACUGUGGGAGCCCGUGUGUGUGUGUGUGUGUGUGUGU